AUGUCACAUGAUUCAACGUCGCCAUCACUCGAUGAGACGAGACCUCUGCUUAGCUCCGGCGCGACACCGACACCGCGACGCGAUGAUGACCUCCUCACCGCCGCCGAUUCUUCUCUCGCCGUGGCUCGUGAGGAUGAUUGCCCACGUGUAACAAGCGCUUCUCUCAGAAUCGGCACGACUAUGCUCUGCUUCAUCGUAUUGGGUAUGUUCAAUGCGCCCAUCGGUGUCGUGCUGCCGCCUCUCAAGGAGUACUACCAUCUGGACGACCUCCGACUGUCGCUCAUCUUCCUUGCGCCCCCUGUUGGAUACGUUCUGGCAUCGCAAUUCAAUCGGUACAUACACCUCGAGUUUGGCCAGCGUGGCAUUGCCUUCAUAGGGCCGCUGUUCCACCUGCUGUAUGCUGUCGUCGCGUCCUGUCACCCAUCGUUCCCUCUGCUCCUGGCCGCAGUGGCCGCAGGCCAGGUCGGGACGGGCGUGCUCGAUGCUUCCUGGUGUACUCUGGCUGCAGCACAAGAGAAAGCCAACACAGUAUCCGGUCUUCUUCAUGGGUCUUAUUCGGCUGGCGCAGCUAUUGGGCCCUUCUUCGCGAGCACCCUCGUGUACGCAGCCCGCAAGCCUUGGUAUUCAUGGUAUUACGUCAUGGGAGCAGUGUCGCUCGUGGAGAUGGCCGUACUCGUGUUUGCCUUUCGACAUGAAGGUGCUGCUCGAUAUCGCCAGGACAAGCCGCAGUUAUCGAACGAUGAUGGCUUUCUUGCUCAUGCAAGGGAGCUUCUGACCAGGCGUGCGACGUGGUUCAGUGCCAUCUAUCUCUUGACCUACGUCGGAACUGAGCUGGCCGUCUCGGACUGGCUUGUCGUUUUCCUCAUACGCAUACGAGGCACCACACCGUAUCAAGCCAGCAUGUGCUUGACCGCCUUCUGGAUUGGCAUGGCGAUAGGCCGACUUGUCCUGGGGUAUCCUACCGAUCGGAUCGGCGUAAGGCGCGCCACGGCAGCAUAUCUGGUCAUUGCUUUGGCCCUCCAGGCUCUGUUCAUCAUCAUCAAAGUUGACACAGUGACCGUGAUCCUCAUGGCUCUUCUUGGCUUCUUCUGUGGACCGCUGUUCCCUUCCUGUAUCGUCUGUAUGAACCAGCUACUUCCGCGAGAACUACACGUCUCUGCUGUAUCGUUUGUUGCAUCUGCCGGUCAGAUUGGCGGAGCAGUGCUUCCUUUUGUACUAGGGGCAUUGGCAAACAGCGUGGGCAUCAAGGUGUAUCAGAUCAUGAAGCGCACGUUCUCCUUUCAAUACUUGGCAGUCAGUGAUCUUGGCAAGUUCGUUACCACUGCUGCUGGGCCGCCUCUCGCAGUACACGGCUAG